CCACCGCUAGCACCACAACUAAAAAAGGAGCUGGAGCAAAAGGACAAAGGAUGACUAAAGUUCCAGGAAGCAAUCUGGAGUUUGUACGGGAAGAGGAUUUUGUGGAAUACUACAUAUUCCCUAAGAUCCCCGACAACAUACAAGAUGAAGCCACUAUACGCAAAUUGAUGCUCCAGGUCCGCGCAGAAAUCUCUGCUAUAGUUAAGGAAAAAUCCUUGGAGCGCAGCUAUCUAUGGCACAAGGACGAGUUCCAGCUUCAAAUCCGGAUGGGAGGCGCCGAGGAGCGCCUGCUGAACGAGGAGACCAACCCGGAAGAGGAGGAGGAACUCGGCGACCUCCCGCCCCAUUUCCACGGUGUAACCCACUAUGGCGACAACAUUAGCGACGAGUGGUUCAUCGUAUAUCUGCUGACGGAGAUCACACGUGCUCGCGGGGACUGCAUUGCCCGGGUCAGCGAUUCGGAUGGCGAAUUUCUACUCAUCGAGGCAGCGGAUGCCCUGCCGGACUGGGCGUCUCCGGAGACCUGCGAACACCGUGUUUAUUUAGUUGGAGGGUGCCUGCAGCUGCUUCAGAACUCUGGCGGCAACAGCCAGAAUAAGCCGCUGACCAUCGCCACUGCUGUACAACGUAUACGAUUGAAUCCCACCCUGUAUCGCUGCUCGCGAGAGAUCCAGUCCUGCAUUGACUCGCGGCUCAAGGAGUACCAGAUCGCUCAGCCCCACUUCUCCAUCCAUCGCCAGGUGUUGGAACUCCCGCACAGUGCUGCACAGCUCUUGAAGCAGCAGCCCAGACUACUCUCCUCAGCGGUGCGGGCUUUCUGCGAACGGGAUUCCCUGGACGUAAAGGCCCUUCGCACUAUGCGCUAUUUCCCACCUGAGGCCACACGCCUGCGCACCAACGUGCGGUUCACUCGCUGUCUGUACGCCAUGUUGUCCCACCAGCAAUAUCUCCCCGAAAAGAGACUCGGAUGGAAUCUCACGGAUCCCGUGUCCGAGCCGGAGCGGUACAAAGAACAAUUGCUGGGCGUAAAACUUGCCAGUGGAUUGGAGAUCUUGGCCACCCAGGCCAAGCGGCUGGAGGGUCAACAGUUGGAAGAUUUGCCUGCCUGGCGUUCGUAUCUGCGCAGCCUGCAGAGCAAGGGUUACUUCCGGAACAACACCGAGGGCAGUGCUGAGUACCAGGAGUUGCUUAAUAAGGCCAAGGAGUACUUCCGCGGCAAUCAGGACCGUUUUCGCACCGCCUCAAGAGCGGGGGCAGAGAUCCUAGACCUGUUGCUCCAUCCGGCGGAAGCAGCUUCUGAGGAACUUCGCGACGAGGAGAACAAUUUGCAGCCUAGCGAUUCUGACGAAUGGUUAAAUAUCAGCGCGGAAGAUCUGGACUCCAUGCUACAGGAUCGCUACGGUCCCAAGAAACUUUACAAGCCUAAUGGUCAAAUGAACGCCGAGGAGUUCACUAAGCAGCUGUCGGAGUUCCUCGAUCGGCAGUCUAACUACGAGGGCAUCGAGCACCGUGGUCUAGAGGAGCAGGAGCUGGACUCUGACGAUGAUGAGCCUCCGCCACAACCGAAGGGCUCUUCAGGUGCAAAACUGAAGAAGAAUCCCUCCAUGCGAAAGGCCUGUCAGCGCAACUCACUCAUCCAGCCAGAUGAGCCGGACAGCACCCAUGUACGAAAUUUCUUAGACUUUGUUAUACCCGAGGAUAACUGGGACUCCACUUCCGAGAUGAGCGACUAUGCGGAUGAGGACGACAUGGAGAGAAACCUCAAUGCACUCUCUGGCGGCGGCUCUGCUUUUCCACUUGAUCGACAAAUUCAGUCGUAUAUGGAACAGAUGGAUCGGGAGUUGGCUCAGACCAGUGUGGGCAAGACCUUCCACGGCAAGAAGGCUGCUCCUCAGGCGGACGAGGACGACUUCGAUGACAUUGAGGACUUCGAGCCAAUUAAUAUAAAUGUAAACACGCUGAGGAACAUGAUGGAUAGCUACCAGUCACAGGUGGGCGGCGCUGGGCCUGUCUCGAAUCUGUUUAGCGCUAUGGGUGUGGGCAUGUCAGCAGGCGAGGAUCUGGAGCCCAAGGACAUUUCCGAGUCGGCCGUGUAAACGGAGUUACAGGGAUUAGUCUAGUCUUAAGUCCAUCAAAUAAACGUAAAUGUGAAUAAUUGAUUGUAA